GCGACGGGUUGGACUGGAGACUCAUGGAAGAGUGAAGACUAUUGUGACUUAUUUGUUUGACUUAUGGAAAUGAAUCGUCUGAAUUCCCCAAAAUUUCACACUGCGGUUAUGACUGACCGCACUCAACCAUACUCAAACUGCGUUCAGGUGAUCUGACAUGGUGUAAUAUGGUUUGGAAAGUGAAAACGUCGGAGGUGGCGGACAGAGCGGAGAAAGCCCAGCAGGGGGAGCUGCAGAGCAGCUCAGAAAGGAAAGACACCUUAGACAUACUCAAGUGUAACGAGGACCUGCCCUCCUCCCCUGGAUGCCCUACCAGUGAGAGUCGCAUGGAGUAUGACGACCUCCCUGAGCUGCAGGAGGUUCGGGAGGGUGGCCCAUCACCGGCCGUGUUCCAGGUGGCAGCGGGCGUGUCCCAUCAGGAGCGUCCCUGGGACACCUGGAGCCCCGCCCCAGAUGGAGGCUCCCUCGACACCAACUGGCUGACGCAGCUGGCCAACAUUGCCACAAGCCCCCAGAGUCCCCUUCUACAGAGCUCCUCUCACAACAGGUCCUCUCCUGUGCACAUCUUCGCCAGCAGCAACAGUUUACAUUCCUACGCCCGCCCUCCCCUGCCCUCCGCCCGGGUGCCCAGCCCCAUCCGCAGCCACUGGAGGGAGCGCAGGCGUGCCAGGGCCAGCAGUGAGUCGGAGUGCAGCAUUUUGUGCACCUCCUCGCUCUCGGACGAUGACGACGUGGGGUGGUCUCAGUCCUGGCCUUCCACGGUCUGGCACUGCUUUCUGAAAGGCACACGCCUGCGCUUCCACAGGGGCUCCAACGUGGAGUGGCAGGAUGUGGAGGACCUGUGUGACUCUGAGGACGAGUCUGAGGACGAGAGGGAGACACCAAGCCACCCCCUGAAGAGCUACGGUUCUGAAGGGCUAAAGUUAGUGGCUCAUGAAGAGACCGUCUCUUUCGGCCAGUCCGUUCUCAAAUUGACCUUUGACCCUGGUUCGCCAGAAGAUGGCCUUUUAACCGCAGAGUGCAGAUUGGAUCAUCCCUUUUAUGUGAAAAAUAAAGGCUGGUCCUCCUUCUACCCCAGCCUCACGGUGGUGCAGCACGGGAUCCCCUGCUACGAGGUGCAGCUGGGGGACGUGUGCCUCCCCCCGGGGCACAGGGACACCGUCAACUGUGACGAUUCGGUCGUCUUCGACACCUUCAGGAGUUACGACUUCACGCCCCUGGACUCGUCAGCCGUAUACGUCCUGAGCAGCAUGGCCCGGCAGCGGCGGGCCUCCCAGUCCAGCGGGGGCGCCGUCAGCCCCGACUGCGACAAGCUCGGGCGGGACCCCAAGCCCCCCAGCCCCUCCCACUCCCCCCACAGCAAGUCCAGCAGGACCCACACCUCAGGGCCAACCAGCAGUGCCACACCCACCAAGUGCAAGCGGCCAAUGAACGCCUUCAUGCUGUUCGCCAAGAAGUACAGGGUGGAGUACACACAGAUGUACCCUGGUAGGGACAACAGGGCCAUCAGCGUGAUCUUGGGGGAUAAGUGGAAGAAGAUGAAGAACGAGGAGAGGAGGAUGUACACCAUGGAGGCCAAGGUCCUGGCGGAGGAGCAGAAACGGCUGAAUCCCGACUGCUGGAAGCGCAAGAGAACCAACUCGGGUUCAGGGCAGAACUGAGCUGACAGAUGGAGCUGGAUGUGGAAAUGUGAACUGGGACAGAGUCAAAGACAGAACUAACUACCUUUCCUGUGCUCUGUAAGAUGGAGACUUUACUGUGAUGGUGAAUACAUGAGUGUUUCCUUUUGAACUUCAUAGAGACAUUAUACAAUGCAAACAAAUGAAAAACAAAAUAUGAGCAAAUACAAAACACAAAUGAUAUAUAUGAGCAUAUAAUCUAGUAACUAACUGUGCUUAAUUAUUUUCUUCUGUUUUUAAUGACAGAGAUGCCUUAUUUUUCCAAAGUAAGAAAUUGCUCAGUUCUACUUCAGGUAAUUUUCAUCUUCUAGCCUUGAAACAGUGAGACCCUGUGGUGCUACUAAAGUAGGGAGAGGCGGAUCUGUACUCAAAAGUCUAUUUUUAAAUGUAAAAAGGGGAAUUUGAAAUGCUUUAAUUUAGCUGUUCUUGUGAUUCAUUUUGUGUAGCUCAGUGUAUAUUGCACAAACAUGGUAAUCCGUUUAGCGUUGUAUUUGCCGUAGGGCUGGGGGAGUGUUGUAUAGCUGAAGCUUUGGGUAGAAACUCCCAGCAGGACACACUUACAGAGGCCAUAUGAUGAGGAGGCAUGGAGUCUCACACAUGUUUGCGCACAUGCACUCACACACACACACACACACACACACACACACAAGCAAUCUCUCUCUCUCACACACACACA